UGUGUUUGAUACCUUAAUUUACCAUAUGAAAACUACUAUCAAGUGGAGGAAGUAUGGCGCUCAAAGAUAUUUUCUGCUGAGGAAGUUGGCUAAUAUCCGGGACGAAACGGGUCAUCAAGGUCAUGGAGAAUCAAACUUAGAAAGAUCUUGAAUAUUCAGUUAGUCUUUAAAUACAUCAGCAGGUCGACAUGGAGACAGCUAAAGAUAGAAAUUGUUACCUAAAGCAGAUAGAAAAUGCUUGUGAAAACUUAACAAGUCAGAAUGAUGAUUUUAUGUUUGUGACAAUGAAUACACACAGUAAGACAUCACACUGUGUGGGAACACAAAUUGGAAUGGAUUUUCUGAACCAGCAAUUAAUGGUGGAUUCUGGAGAGAGUAGUAUCCUGAAAAUGUUCAGUAAAUUUGUUAAAGAUCAUUAUGGUGGAGAAGAAAUUGAAUAUAAAACAGAACAGAAGAUUUAUACUAAACUAUCAGAGAAUGUGAAUGUGGACACUUCUUCUAUUGAAAUGAGAAAUGUUGAAAAUGACAAACUAGAUUUAUCUCCAACAGAAUUGAUCCAAACAGAACUAAUGGAACAGGAAAGUUCUGAAAAUAAAACAUUAUCUUUCUCUAACAAUAUUGUAGCAGAAACAGAAACUGUUGCUCAGAAAGAGGCUGCCACAGAGUCUUAUGAGAAAGCGCCUCAGUCAGAAAAAGAAAAUUGUCUUUCAGCCAGUCAAGAAGCUUCUUCUUUAUUUACACACAUUCCUGAACAGUUUGAUGAUGAACCUGAAUUAUGCAGUGACCUGAGCGAUAGAAAGAUAGAAACAGUGUGUAAGACAGUAAGGAGAAUAGGAAGACCAAAGAAAGAGGACAAAGCCAGAAUUACAGAUAAUGAAUUGAGAAAAACACAGGAGUUACAAAAAACAGUAGAAACCCUUGACGAACAGAUUAGUACAAUAGACAAGAAAUUGACAAAUAAAACAGGUAAAAAAUCUACAGAUAUAAAAACACCAAAAUCAUCAAAAACCAGUGCAGUUCUGACAUCACGUAGUGGAAGAAAAGUUGUCCUACCUAAAUGGUUGCAGGAAGACUUUCAAGAAGUAGAAAUUAAGAAAGAACCAGAAGAUCUUGAUGACUCAUAUGGUGGUUUACAUGUAAGCAAGAGUAAUGUAGACAAGGAUACUUUGGUAAAAGCAGGGAGCAGAUCAUCCAGGCAAAAACUGAAACAGGAAAUGAUAGAUAAUUUCUCGUCUGCUGGAGAAAAGACAAUUGGGAAGAAAAAAAGUUUUGAUAAAGAACCAGAUAAGAAGUUUGCAAAGAACCAGUUUAAAACUGGAUCUGUUAAAAAACCUGAUCAACAGGAACCAGGUCAGAUUCAACAAGGAAGAGGUAUAAAAAGGAAAUUUGAAGAUUCAAAUGAAAUAAAUGGAGACCAAAUUGGUGAUUCCCUUGAACCAGAUAAAAGUAAAAUGAUGAAAAAAGAUUUUGAAUUGCACGAUGUAGAUGAUGAAGAGGAAAUAGAAAAAGUAGGAAAUGUAAAAGUCCUGAAAGAAGAUAGCAACAAUAAAGAAAGGUCAAGGGGCACUUUUGAAAAAGGGGAAAAACUUGAAGAAGACAAUGAAAAUGAUGAAUCAAUUUUAUAUGAUGCUAUUAUAGGCAGUAAUUCAGAUGGUGAAAAUGAAGAAAAUGAAAUAAAAGAUGAUGAUGAGGAUGAUGGUGAAGUUGAUGGUGAUGAAUCUGACACCAAAGAGGAUACAGGUGAAAAUACAAAGCAAUCUUCUGGUCGCUGGUCUUGUGGAGUUUGUAAUGCUAAAGCCAAGAAAUGUUGGUUGGUUCGUAGGCACAUGAGAAGAAUGCAUGACCUUGGUAAUGAUGACUUCAAGCCAUGUCGCCAUUGUAGGAGAGUUCUAGCUAAUGAAGAAUGUAACAGAUGCCUUGUGAAGGAGGAGAAAAACUUCAUGUGUGAUACAUGUGGAAGUGUAUUUACUACAAAAGCACAACUUUCCAGACACGAAGAAGUCCAUUUGACUGAAAAAGAGGUUCCUUGUCCCUUGUGCAAUAAGAAAUUUAAAACUGAGAGGUAUGUCAAAAUGCAUGUUUACAAUACCCAUAAGAAGCGGUAUGGUAAAGCCCUAUCAGCCCAGACAGAGCCAGGUAUAUGUGACAUCUGUGGGAAAUGGUUCAGAUUCAAAUGUAAUGCAGUACGCCACAGAGAAAUACAUUUUGAAGAAAAGAAAUUCGAUUGUAGCAUAUGCCAGAUGAAAUUCCGUCACAGCAGUUCAUUGAAACGUCACAUGAUGUCCCAUCAACAGAAGUCUGACAAUAUGUACGUGUGUGAACAAUGUGGUCGCUCAUUUAAAAUGAGACAGACUUUACUACAGCACCAUAGGGUGCAUGUCAAACAACCAUUCCUUAAAUGUGAAUAUUGUCCUAGAGAGUUCCGUACCUACAAAGGCAAAAAAUAUCACAUUCUUAAAGACCACAUUGACAAAGCUGGGGAAUUCAGUUUUAAAUCUUAUAUUUGUGAACAUUGUGGAAAACCCUCCUCAAGUCAGAACGAAUAUGAAGAGCAUCUGAAAAAUCAUGAUGAGAGUAGAACUCAUGUUUGCUCAAUCUGUGGAACACGAUGGGAGACAGUUGCUCAACUAAAAGCUCAUAAAAAGAAACACAAUGUUACCCCUUUCCGUUACAGGUGCAAAGUUUGUAAUAUUCCGUUCAAAGAAGCUUCUAAAGUGCGAGCUCAUAUUCAGAAGGACAGUCAUUUUAAAAACUGUGCAGCCAAAGGCUUGGACCGUACCAUUGAUAAAGUGUCAGAUUUAACAAACACUGAAAUUGUAGAAAUUAUUGAAUAUGAUUAUGAAUUAAAUUUCCGCAGUGAAGAGGACCUCCAGUUGGAAAUUGAAGCUAGUACUACUGCUGAAAUACAUGAAAUGCCAGAUGAAAUUAAAGUAAUCCACAUUGAACAAAACGAAUUUGAUGUAACAGGUGGUCAGACUGUGCAAAUUUUGAAUGAAGAGGGGGUUGAAAUCAUGUAUGAUGAAAUAAGUUUGCCGCAGGAAGAGAUAACAGUUGAUGGAAACCAAGUGAUCUAUCAGGUUGAAAUAGACGGACAGAAUGCUAUAAUCUGUGACACGUUAACUUCGCAGGCUGUGGAAUCUAUUCUUAAACUGCAAAGCCAGGCUUAAUUUAUACUGAAAAUUCAGAAAAUUUUGUGUUUAUUAACUACAUGAUCUUUGAGAAAUAAAUUAUUAUCAUUUGAAAAAUAAUGCAUACCAAUGAUAAUUGUAUCAGAUUGUAACAUUUUAAAAAUAUUUUUUAAAGCAGAUCAAAAUAUUGCAUAUUUUACAUAGAAAUAAUAUGCACGGAACAAUAUAAAUUUUGGAGAUGAGACGCCUGAAUUAUGCAUUCAUUAAUGCUGAACAGUCAUUUUUGGUCCAAUUUUCUCCUA